ACAAAAUUCGAUCUCCAAGAUUUUUCAACUGUUUUUAAUCUCUGAAUCAGAUCUCUUUAGCAUAGGCUUAUUCUUUCUCGUUUCUUUCUCAGUGUUCCAUUUCGACUUUCAGUUUUAAAAGAUUCGAUCUCAGCCGUAAGAUCUGCUUCUGAUUUGUGAAUCUUCAACAGUCGAUCUGAACCACCAUGGCGGCCGCCAACGCUCCCAUCUCCAUGAAGGAGGUCUUGACUUUGCCGAGCAUUGGCAUUAGUCCUCAAUUUAUCACAUUCACGAAUGUAACUAUGGAAUCUGAAAAAUAUAUUUGUGUGAGAGAAACGGCGCCACAGAAUAGUGUUGUGAUCGUUGAUAUGAGCAUGCCAAUGCAGCCGCUGAGACGGCCUAUUACGGCAGACUCUGCUCUUAUGAAUCCGAAUUCUAGAAUCCUCGCUUUGAAAGCUCAACUACCGGGAACAUUUCAAGAUCACUUGCAAAUAUUUAACAUAGAGAUGAAAGCAAAAAUGAAAUCACAUCAGAUGCCUGAACAGGUUGUAUUUUGGAAAUGGAUUAGCCCGAAAAUGCUUGGCCUGGUCACACAGACCUCCGUGUAUCAUUGGUCAAUUGAAGGUGAUUCUGAGCCUCUUAAGAUGUUUGAGAGGACAGCUAAUUUAGCGAACAAUCAGAUAAUAAACUAUAAAUGUGAUCCUUCAGAGAAGUGGUUGGUUUUGAUUGGAAUUGCCCCUGGUGCACCUGAGAGGCCACAAUUGGUUAAGGGGAACAUGCAACUUUUCUCUGUUGAUCAGCAGCGCAGCCAAGCUCUCGAAGCACAUGCUGCUUCAUUUGCACAAUUUAAGGUUCCAGGAAAUGAGAAUCCUUCUAUUCUUAUUUCAUUUGCAACCAAGAGUUUUAAUGCUGGCCAGAUUACAUCUAAGUUGCAUGUAAUUGAGCUGGGUGCCCAGCCAGGUAAGCCGUCGUUUUCAAAGAAACAGGCAGAUCUAUUCUUUCCACCAGAUUUUCAAGAUGACUUUCCAGUCGCAAUGCAGAUAUCACACAUAUAUAGUUUGAUUUAUGUUAUCACCAAACUAGGGCUGCUGUUUGUUUAUGAUCUAGAGACGGCGACUGCUGUAUACAGAAAUAGAAUCAGUCCAGACCCAAUAUUUUUAACCUCUGAAGCUUCUGCAGUCGGAGGGUUUUAUGCCAUCAACAGGCGAGGUCAGGUGUUGCUGGCUACUGUAAAUGAAGCAACAAUAAUACCAUUUGUUAGCGGCCAAUUGAACAAUUUGGAGCUUGCUGUAAAUCUCGCUAAAAGGGGAAACCUUCCUGGUGCAGAGAACUUGGUUGUCCAACGUUUUCAAGAAUUAUUUGCACAGACCAAGUAUAAAGAAGCUGCUGAGCUUGCUGCAGAGUCUCCACAAGGGAUCCUUCGCACUCCUGAUACAGUUGCCAAGUUUCAGAGUGUUCCUGUGCAAGCUGGGCAGACUCCACCACUAUUGCAGUACUUUGGUACACUUUUAACAAAAGGGAAGCUUAAUGCAUUUGAAUCAUUGGAGUUAUCUCGGCUUGUGGUAAAUCAAAACAAGAAGAAUCUUCUGGAGAAUUGGUUGGCUGAGGAUAAAUUGGAAUGCAGUGAAGAACUGGGAGACCUUGUGAAGACUGUGGAUAAUGAUCUUGCCCUGAAAAUAUAUAUUAAAGCUAGGGCAACCCCAAAAGUUGUUGCAGCUUUUGCUGAACGUAGGGAGUUCGACAAGAUCUUGAUUUACUCAAAACAGGUUGGAUACACUCCUGACUACCUGUUCCUUCUGCAAACAAUUCUUCGUACAGAUCCACAGGGAGCUGUUAAUUUUGCAUUGAUGAUGUCUCAAAUGGAGGGUGGCUGUCCAGUUGAUUACAACACCAUUACUGAUCUUUUUCUUCAGAGGAACUUGAUACGUGAAGCUACUGCAUUUCUAUUAGAUGUUUUGAAACCAAAUCUGCCAGAGCAUGCUUUUCUUCAAACGAAGGUCUUGGAAAUCAAUCUUGUAACUUUCCCAAAUGUUGCUGAUGCCAUUUUAGCCAAUGGGAUGUUCAGUCAUUAUGAUCGUCCCCGAAUUGCACAACUUUGCGAGAAAGCUGGUCUGUAUGUACGAGCUCUGCAGCAUUACACUGAGCUUCCAGAUAUUAAACGUGUGAUCGUGAAUACACAUGCUAUUGAGCCACAGUCACUUGUUGAAUUUUUUGGUACUCUCUCACGUGAAUGGGCUUUGGAGUGCAUGAAGGACCUUCUGCUAGUUAAUCUUAGAGGAAACCUUCAAAUAAUUGUGCAGGUUGCAAAGGAGUAUUGUGAACAGUUGGGUGUUGAUGCUUGCAUAAAACUUUUUGAGCAGUUCAAGUCAUAUGAAGGAUUGUACUUUUUCUUGGGCUCUUAUUUGAGCUCAAGUGAGGACCCUGAUAUACACUUUAAGUACAUUGAGGCUGCUGCUAAAACUGGACAAAUAAAGGAGGUUGAGCGUGUGACCAGGGAAUCAAACUUUUAUGAUGCUGAAAAGACGAAAAACUUCUUGAUGGAGGCCAAACUUCCGGAUGCUAGGCCAUUGAUUAAUGUUUGUGAUCGAUUUGGGUUUGUUCCGGAUCUCACUCACUACCUCUACACAAAUAACAUGCUCCGUUACAUUGAAGGUUAUGUUCAGAAGGUGAACCCAGCGAAUGCUCCUUUGGUAGUGGGGCAGUUGCUAGAUGAUGAAUGUCCUGAAGACUUUAUAAAGGGUCUCAUUCUCUCUGUCCGUUCUUUGCUUCCAGUUGAGCCCCUUGUGGAGGAAUGUGAGAAGAGAAAUCGACUUCGUUUACUAACACAGUUCUUGGAGCAUCUUGUGAGUGAGGGAAGCCAAGAUGUGCACGUCCACAAUGCUCUGGGUAAAAUUAUCAUUGAUAGCAAUAACAAUCCAGAGCACUUCCUCACAACCAACCCUUACUAUGAUUCUCGGGUUGUUGGUAAGUACUGUGAGAAGCGUGAUCCCACCCUGGCAGUUGUGGCUUACAGAAGAGGCCAAUGUGACGAAGAACUUAUAAAUGUCACAAAUAAGAACUCCUUGUUUAAAUUGCAGGCUAGGUAUGUUGUUGAAAGGAUGGAUGGUGAUCUUUGGGAGAAGGUUCUAAAUCCUGAGAAUGAAUAUAGAAGGCAGCUAAUUGAUCAGGUUGUAUCGACUGCUUUGCCAGAAAGCAAGAGUCCUGAACAAGUCUCUGCAGCUGUUAAAGCUUUCAUGACAGCUGACCUGCCGCAUGAGCUGAUUGAGCUUCUUGAGAAGAUUGUACUCCAAAACUCUGCAUUCAGUGGGAACUUCAAUCUGCAAAAUCUACUUAUUUUGACAGCUAUUAAGGCAGAUCCAUCUAGAGUUAUGGAUUAUAUCAAUAGGUUAGAUAAUUUUGAUGGACCUGCAGUUGGAGAAGUGGCUGUUGAAGCCCAACUGUAUGAAGAAGCCUUCGCAAUCUUCAAAAAGUUCAACUUAAAUGUUCAGGCUGUCAAUGUAUUAUUGGAUAAUAUUAGAAGCAUUGAUCGGGCCGUUGAAUUUGCAUUCAGAGUUGAAGAAGAUGCUGUUUGGAGUCAGGUUGCAAAGGCACAACUGAGGGAGGGGCUGGUGAGCGAUGCAAUUGAAUCAUUUAUUCGCGCCGAUGAUGCUACUCAAUUCCUUGAUGUUAUCCGAGCUUCUGAGGAUGCUGAUGUCUACCAUGAUUUGGUGAGGUAUCUUCUGAUGGUUAGGCAGAAGGUCAAGGAACCCAAGGUGGACAGUGAACUUAUUUAUGCCUAUGCAAAGAUUGAUAGACUUGGUGAAAUAGAAGAAUUUAUUCUCAUGCCAAAUGUUGCUAAUCUUCAAAAUGUUGGUGACCGCUUGUUUGAUGAAGCUCUUUAUGAAGCUGCAAAAAUAAUAUUUGCAUUUAUAUCUAACUGGGCCAAAUUGGCUGUUACAUUGGUGAGACUUAAACAAUUCCAAGGUGCUGUCGAUGCAGCACGAAAAGCAAACAGUGCAAAGACAUGGAAGGAGGUUUGCUUUGCGUGUGUUGAUGCGGAGGAAUUCCGAUUGGCACAGAUAUGUGGUCUUAACAUCAUAGUACAGGUGGAUGAUUUAGAAGAAGUCAGUGAGUACUAUCAGAACAGAGGAUGCUUCAAUGAGCUAAUCUCUCUCAUGGAGAGUGGCUUAGGACUUGAACGUGCACAUAUGGGGAUCUUUACUGAGUUGGGAGUUCUGUAUGCCAGAUAUCGUCCAGAGAAGCUUAUGGAGCACAUUAAAUUGUUCUCUACUCGUCUGAAUAUUCCCAAGCUGAUAAGAGCUUGUGAUGAACAGCAGCAUUGGAAGGAACUUACGUACUUAUACAUCCAAUACGAUGAGUUUGAUAAUGCUGCAACUACUGUGAUGAACCACUCUCCUGAAGCAUGGGAUCAUAUGCAGUUCAAAGAUAUUAUUGUCAAAGUUGCUAGUGUUGAACUUUAUUACAAGGCUGUCCACUUCUACUUGCAAGAACACCCUGACCUCAUAAAUGAUAUGCUGAAUGUGCUUGCACUUCGUGUGGAUCACACUCGCGUUAUUGAUAUUAUGAGAAAGGCUGGUCAUCUACGACUUGUGAAGCCCUACAUGGUUGCUGUUCAAAGCAACAAUGUGGCGGCAGUAAACGAGGCUUUGAAUGAGAUUUAUGUGGAAGAAGAAGAUUAUGAUAGAUUGAGAGAAUCUAUUGACUUGCAUGAUAAUUUUGAUCAGAUUGGCCUUGCACAGAAGAUCGAGAAACAUGAGCUUCUUGAGAUGAGGCGAGUUGCAGCAUACAUUUACAAGAAGGCAGGCAGAUGGAAGCAAUCCAUUGCCUUAUCAAAGAAAGACGACCAUUACAAAGAUGCAAUGGAAACAGCUUCACAGUCUGGUGACCGUGAACUUGCCGAGGAGCUACUUGUUUACUUCAUUGAACAGGGCAAGAAGGAAUGCUUUGCAUCGUGCCUCUUUGUUUGUUACGACUUGAUUCGAGCAGAUGUUGUUCUUGAGCUAGCCUGGAUUCACAAUAUGAUCGACUUUGCCUUUCCAUAUCUGUUGCAGUUUAUCCGCGAAUAUACUGGCAAAGUUGAUGAACUUAUCAAGGAUAAGAUCGAGGCUCAAAAGGAAGUAAAGGCUAAAGAGAAAGAAGAGAAGGAAGUGAUUGCACAACAGAACAUGUACGCUCAGUUGCUACCUCUAGCCUUACCCGCACCACCAAUGCCAGGCAUGGGAGGAGGUUUUGCUCCACCACCACCACCGUCGUCCUCGAUGGGAGGAAUGGGAAUGCCUCCAAUGCCGCCUUAUGGCAUGCCACCAAUGGGAAGCUAUUAA